UUUUUAUAUAUAAGAGUAGCAACACGUGUUGCAUGAUUGGAUUACUUCCCAUUGUUUUCUUAAUUAUAUAUUAUGCAUACUCUCUUUUCGCACAAUUUCUAUGGACAGUAUGUAACAUACUAACAUAUGGACCGUAACAUGAUGAUCAUUAAUUCAUUAUUGUUAUGGUUGGAAAUACAACUAAGAUCAAGUUACAAUAAAUACUCGAUCCAUUAUUGCACGCACCAAUAUAUGGUGUUUGAAAAAAUGUGAAGAGCGGGUGGAUGUAGCUCAACAUCUAUGGUGUUAUAAAGGUCAAUUCUCGGAGCUAGAUAGUGACUGGGGUCAAUUUAGGAGCAACACGGUCAACACGUUGAUUUUGGAAGGAUAGAGCCAACAAUCUAAGGAAUUAUUUCCGGCGUACGGAAAUUUCCCCCAAGAUAUAACGAGCCCUUCGAUUAUAAAAUCGGUGCCAGAACUAACGAGAAGAAACAAUAUAUGAACCCAGUCUUGGAAGGAUUACAAGCGGGAUCUUAAGCAUAAGUUUGGGCCGAUGACUUUCAAUGAUGUUGUCACUCACAUUAUCAUUGAAGAUACUAAUAGGAGGGAGAGCUCCAAAGCUCAAGCAAGAGAAUUCACUUCAAAUGCUAACCUUGUGGAAACUGAAAAUAAAAGGAGGUACGCUAAUAAUAAUAAUAAUAAUAAUAAUAAUAAUAAUAAUAAUAAUAAUAAUAAUAAUAAUAAUAAUAAUAAUAAUAAUAAUAAUAAUAAUAAUAAUAAUAAUAACUUUAGGCCUAAUUUCAACAAGCCCAAACACACUACCAACUUUAAAAAGAAGGGAGAUUGUUUUGUUUGCGGGAAAUCCGGUCACCAUGCGGCUCAGUGUAGAAAAAGGGCAACUGUGAGAAACAACAAUCCACCUAAAUCAAGUGCAAACUUGGUUGAAGGUGAUGAUAUAAUCAUUGCGGUUGUCUCACAAAUUUGUUUAGUAGCGGAUGUGAAAGAAUGGGUAGUAGAUUCCGGAGCUACUAGACAUAUUUGCCAAGAUAUAAGUGUAUUUUCCUCCUAUACUUCAAUAGGGGAUGAAGAAGAAUAUGUGCACCUUGGUGAUUCUAGAACAACCAAGGUUCAUGGAAAGGGCAAAAUAAAUCUUAAGCUCACAUCCGAAAAAACCCUAGCACUGAACGAAGUACUCCAUGUACCCGAAAUCAGGACCAACCUGAUUUCUGUCUCUCUUUUGGGAAAAGCUGGUAUAAAAGUUUGCUUUGAAUCUGACAAGGUUGUGUUGACAAAAAACAACAUCUUCAUUGGUAGAGGCUACAACAAUCAGGGAUUGUUUCAGUUGAAUGUUUCUGAAGUAUUGAAAUAAGUUGUUUUUUUUUCUUUGUUUUAAUCAAUAAGUCUUGCGUGACAUGUUACUCUUUUGUAUGCACGUCUUUAAAUUAUGAAAUUUCCAUUAAAUAAAUACAAUCUUUGUUUACAAUGUUUUAUGAAUUGUGUUGAGAUGGUUAA